ACUCCAAACCAACUUCAGGCUGCUCCGAGGAAACGUCCUGCGGGGAAUAGAGACCACGCUCCCGGGACCCACAGCUCCCUCAUCUCACCUGAAGCCCGAACAGCGUUAAGUAAAUAACAAUAAAAACAAGUUAAAAGAUGCCCGUGACAGAGAAGGACCUGGCGGAGGACGCGCCGUGGAAGAAGAUCCAGCAGAACACCUUUACGCGCUGGAUCAACGAGCACCUGAAGUGCGUCAACAAGCGGAUCGGGGACCUGCAGCUGGACCUGGGCGACGGCCUGAGGCUCAUCGCCCUGCUGGAGGUCCUCAGCCACAAGAAGAUGUCCAGAAAGUACCACCCGAGGCCCAACUUCAGGCAGAUGAAGCUGGAGAACGUGUCGGUGGCGCUGGAGUUCCUGGACAAGGAGAACAUCAAGCUGGUCUCCAUCGACUCUAAAGCCAUCGUGGAUGGGAACCUGAAGCUGAUCCUGGGUCUGGUCUGGACUCUGAUUCUGCACUACUCCAUCUCCAUGCCCAUCUGGGAGGGCGACGACGAAAAGCCGGAGUCCAAGACGCCGAAGCAGCGCCUGCUGGGCUGGAUCCAACACAAGCUCCCCGACAUGCCCAUCAACAACUUCAGCCAUGACUGGAGGAACGGCAAGGCACUGGGAGCACUGGUGGACAGCUGUGCACCAGGCCUGUGUCCGGACUGGGAGACCUGGGAUCCGGUGAAACCAGUGGAGAACGCCACUGAGGCCAUGCAGCUGGCUGAUGAAUGGCUGGGCAUCCCGCAGGUGAUGGCUCCGGAGGAGAUCAUCAAUCCCGGUGCGGACGAACAGUCGGUGAUGACCUACCUGUCUCAGUUCCCCAAAGCCAAACUGAAGCCCGGAGCUCCACUCAAACCCAAACUCAACCCCAAGAAGGCCCGCGCAUACGGACCAGGUAUUGAACCGACGGGGAACCGAGUGCUGCGUCCCGCGGUCUUCACCGUGGACACGUUCAGCGCCGGUCAGGGUCAGGUGACCAUCUACCUGGAUCACCCGGACGGCACCAGAGAGGAGCUGAAGGCGGAGCCUAAUGAGGGCAAGAAGACGUUCAGCGUCACCUACGUUCCUAAAGUCGUGGGAACUCACCAGGUGACGGUGAUGUUUGCGGGCCAGCCAAUUCCCAAAAGUCCGUUUGAAGUGAACGUCGACAAGGCGCUGGGCGACGCCUCCAAGGUCACGGCCAAGGGCCCCGGAAUCGAACCCGUGGGCACAGUCGCCAACAGCCCCACCUACUUCGACAUCUACACUGCAGGAGCCGGUACAGGAGACGUGACGGCCACGAUCAGAGACCCUCAGGGGCGCCAGAACCUCGUGGAGGUGAUGCUGGAGGACAAGGGCGACAGCACGUACCGCUGCACCUACCGGCCCACCCAGGCCGGCCCGCACGCCGUCGCCGUCACCUUCGGAGGGGUGGCGAUCCCCCGGAGCCCCUUCGGCGUGGACGUGGGUCCUGCGUGCAUGCCGGGGGCGUGCAGGGCGACGGGUCGCGGCCUCCAGCCGUCCGGGAUGAGGGUGAAGCAGGUCGGCGACCUGAAGGUGGACACCAGGAACGCCGGCAGCGGAGACCUGAAGGUGCUCGUCAAAGGACCCAAAGGCAUCGAGGAGCCGGUGAAGCAGAUCUCCAGUCAGGACGGUGUGUUCUCCUACGAGUAUUAUCCCAACAGCACCGGCAAACACACCGUCUCCAUCACCUGGGGGGGUCAACACAUCCCGAAGAGUCCGUUCGAGGUGUCGGUGGGUCGGGAGGCGGGGCUUCAGCAGAUCAGGGCCUGGGGUCCCGGCCUGGAGGGAGGCACUGUGGGUAAAGCCGCCACCUUCGUGGUGGAGUCCGUCGGCACCGAUGUCGGAGUGCUUGGCUUCGCCAUCGAGGGACCUUCUCAGGCCAAAAUCGAUUGCGAGGACCAGAACGACGGCUCGUGCGACGUCCGUUACUGGCCGACGGAGCCCGGCGAGUACGCCGUCCACGUGACCUGCGACGAGGAGGACAUCGAGCACAGCCCCUUCAUGGCUCACAUCGUCCCCGACAACAACGGCAGUGACCCGGAGAAGGUCCAGGCUUUCGGUCCGGGCCUCGAGAAGACCGGCAUCCUGGUCAGCCAACCUGCCGAGUUCACCGUCAGCGCUAAGGAUGCUGGGAAAGGACCUCUGAAGAUCACCGCCCAGGACGCAGAGGGACUCCCCAUGGAGGUGAAGGUGAGGAGCAAAGGCGACGGGCUGUACUCCUGCUCCUACACGGCCGCCUCCCCCCUCAAACACACCGUGGCCGUCACCUGGGGAGGAGUCAGCGUGCCCAACAGCCCCUUCAGGGUGAACGUGGGUAAAGGCAGCCACCCCAAGAUGGUCAAGGUGUUCGGUCCUGGAGUGGAGAGAACCGGCCUGAAGGCCAACGAGCCAACGCACUUCACCGUGGACUGUUCAGGAGCUGGAGAUGGCGACGUCAGCGUGGGCAUCAAGUGUGAAGCCAACAUGGUCGGAGACAAAGAGGCCGACGUGGACUUUGACAUCAUCCCCAACGCCAACGACACCUUCACCGUCAAAUACAUGCCUCCUGCAGCCGGGAAGCUCACCAUCAAAGUCCUGUUCACUGACAAGGAAGUUCCACAGAGUCCAUUUUACAUCAAAGUUGAACCUUCUCACGAUGCAUCGAAGGUCAAGGCCGAGGGUCCUGGACUGGCUCGUACUGGUGUGGAGAGCGGUAAGCCGACUCAUUUCACAGUGCUGACGAAAGGAGCCGGCAAAGCGCCGCUGGACGUCUCCUUCUCCUCCCCCGUCGAUGACUUCGACGUCAUCGACAACUACGACUACUCCCAGACCGUCAAAUACACGCCCGUGCAACAGGGGGAGCAGACGAUCACCGUGACGUUCGGAGGAGACCCCGUCUCCAAGAGCCCCUUCGCGGUCGGCGUCGCCGCCCCGCUGGAUCUGAGCAGAGUCACCCUGGACAACCUGGAAGGGAGACCGGAGGUCAAUCAGGAGCAGCAGUUUAUGGUGGACACCAAAGGUGCAGGAGGUCAAGGUCGUCUGGAGGUGGCAGUGAUGAGUCCCAGCCAGCGGGCGGUCAAGUGUACGAUGGAGCCUCAGCCAUCUAAAGCCGGCGUCAGUCUGGUCCGCUACACCCCGACAGAAGAAGGGGUCCACGCGGUCAACGUGUCCUACGACGGACACCCGGUCCCCGGGAGCCCCUUCCCCGUGGAGGCCCAGCUGCCUCCAGACCCGAGCAAGGUGAAGGCGUUCGGUCCCGGUCUGAAGGGAGGUCUGGUGGGUGACUCUGCGGAGUUCACCAUCGACACCAAGGGCGCCGGCACCGGAGGUCUGGGUCUGACGGUGGAGGGCCCGACCGAGGCCAAGAUCGAGUGUUCCGACAACGGCGACGGCACCUGCUCCGUCUCCUACCUGCCCACCGAGCCCGGGGACUACCUGGUUAACAUCCUGUUCGAGGAGGUCCACAUCCCCGGCUCCCCGUUCAAGGCCGACGUCCAAAUGCCCUUCGACCCCUCAAAGGUGGUGGCGUCUGGGUCGGGCCUGAAAAGAGCCAAGGUUGGAGAGACCAGCGUGGUGAACGUGGACUGUUCCCGGGCCGGACCGGGUCAACUCAGCCUGGAGGCCGUACCAGAGUCCUCGGCCACCAGUCCGACUGGCUCCGCACCAGCCUCUGGCGCGAAGGCGAAGACUGAGGUGGUGGACAACAAAGACGGGACGUACACGGCGACCUACGUGCCCCUGACCUCCGGCAUGUACACCCUGCUGCUGAAGUACGGGGGCAAGGCCGUGCCCGGGUUCCCCGCCAAGGUGAUGGUGGACGCCGCCGUCGACACCUCCAAGGUCAAAGUGUUCGGACCCGGCGUGGAAGGACAAGCCGUUUUCAGAGAAGCCACCACGUCGUUCACGGUGGACGCCCGCCCUCUGACCCGGCGGGGAGGCGACCACGUGAAGGCGGAGGUCAGGAACCCGUCCGGCGCGCUGACGGACUGCCAGAUCACCGACAACGCCACCGGGGUCUACAACGUCGAUUACACUCCCUUCGAGAACGGCGUCCACAGCGUCCACGUCCUGUACGACGACACGCCGGUUCCCAAGAGCCCGUUCAAGGUGUCCGUGACGGAGGGAUGUGACCCCGGCAGGGUGGUGGCUACCGGCCCCGGCCUCCAGCAGGCGCUGACCGGCAAACCCAACGACUUCAACAUCAUCACCAGAGGGGCGGGUAUCGGCGGUCUCGGCAUCACCGUGGAGGGUCCGUCGGAGUCCAAGAUGUCCUGCAUGGACAACAAGGACGGCAGCUGCAGCGUGGAGUACGUUCCCCUCACGCCCGGCCUCUACGACGUCAACAUCACCUACGGAGGAGAGCACGUCCCCGGGAGUCCAUUCAAGGUCCCGGUGACGGACGAGGUGGACCCCAGUAAGGUCAAGGUGUCGGGUCCCGGCGUGGGCUCCGGGGUCAGGGCCAACAUCCCACAAUCCUUCACCGUGGACUGCAGGAAGGCCGGCGUGGCCCCGCUGGCCGUGGCCGUCUCCGCCCCUAAAGGCGUGGCGGAGCCCGUGGAGGUGACGGACAACGGGGACGGGACCCACCUGGUGGCCUACACGCCGUCCGUGGAGGGGCCGUACGCGGUGGCCGUCAAGUACGCGGAGGAGGACGUCCCCCGCAGUCCCUUCAAGUUCCGGGUCCUGCCCACUCACGAUGCCAGCAAAGUGCGAGCCAGCGGCCCCGGGCUGACCAGCGGCGUCCCCGCCAGCUUCCCCGUGGAGUUCGACAUCGACGCCAAGGACGCCGGCCAGGGCCAACUGAGCGUGCUCAUCACCGACCAGGAUGGUAAACCCAAGCAGCCCAGUAUCCACGACAACGGUGACGGUACGUACAGCGUGUCUUACAUCCCCGACCGCGCCGGCCGCUACACCAUCGUCAUAAAGUACGGCGGCGACGACAUCCCCGCCUCGCCCUAUCGAGUCCGCGCCGCGGCAACCGGAGACGCCAGCAAGUGCACAGUCACCGGUCCAGGCGUGGGUCCCACGGUGACCAUCGGCGAGGAGCUGGGCCUGGUGGUGAACGCAAAGGCUGCUGGGAAAGGGAAAGUGAGCUGCGUGGUGGUUCAGCCCGACGGCAGCGAGGUGGAGGCCGAGGUGCUGGAGAACGAGGACGGCACCUUCGACAUCUUCUACACGGCGCCGGCGCCCGGGAACUACGUCAUCUACGUCCGCUUCGGGGGGGAAAACGUCCCCCGCAGCCCCUUCAAAGUCAUGGCCACUGAUGAGGUACCCAUGAUCCAAGCGCAGACGUCUGGACAACUGGCCUCCCCCCGAGCUGUGACGUCGGAGCCCAUCGGCGUCAAUGGAAGCGGCUUCAGGCCGUUCGACAUGGUGAUUCCUUUCUCCUUCAGGAAGGGAGAGAUCACAGGUGAGGUGCUGAUGCCUUCAGGUAAAUCGGCUCAGCCGGUGAUCUCGGACAACCUGGAUGGGACGGUCACGGUGCAGUACUCGCCCACCGAGGCCGGCCUGCACGAGAUGCACAUCAAGUACAACGGCACACACAUCCCAGAGUCUCCCCUUCAGUUCUACGUGAACCACGCCAGCAGCCCCAACGUCACAGCCUACGGUCCGGGUCUGAGCUACGGCGUCGCCAACAAGGUGGCCACCUUCACCGUCUUCACGGAGGACGCCUCGGAAGGGGGUCUGGACCUGGCCAUCGAGGGUCCCUCCAAAGCCGACAUCAGCUGCGUGGACAACAAGGACGGGACGUGCAGCGUCAGCUACCUGCCCACUCUGACCGGGGACUACAACAUCCUGGUGAAGUACAACAACAAGCACAUCGCGGGCAGCCCGUUCACCGCCAGGAUCACCGAGGACAACCAGCGCCGCUCUCAGGUGAAGUUGGGCUCUGCAGCAGACUUCUCUCUGGACAUCAGUGAGACGGACCUCAGCCUGCUGACCGCCAGCAUCGUGUCGCCGUCCGGCCGCGACGAGCCCUGCCUGCUGAAGAGGAUGGCCAACAACCACAUCGGUAUCUCCUUCAUCCCCCGUGAGGUGGGCGAGCACCAGGUGAGCAUCCUGAAGAACGGCCGCCACGUGGCCAACAGCCCCAUCACCAUCAUGGUGGUCCAGUCCGAGAUCGGCGACGCCAGCCAAGUCAAAGCUCACGGCGACGGCCUCGUCCAGGGGACCACCUUCGACAACGCCAGCUUCGUGGUCGACACGCGGGACGCCGGUUACGGCGGCCUGGCGCUGGCCAUCGAGGGGCCCAGCAAGGUGGACAUCCAGACGGAGGACUUGGAGGACGGCACGUGUCAGGUCGCCUACUGUCCGACGGAGCCGGGGAACUACAUCGUCUCCAUCCGCUUUGCAGAGGAACACGUGCCAGGAAGUCCGUUCACGGUGCGGGUCACGGGAGAGGGUCGUAUCCGGGAGAGCAUCACCCGGCGACAGAAGGCGGCGUCUGUUUCCAGCGUGGGGAGUGUGUGCGACCUCAGUCUGAAGAUACCAGCAAUCGACCUGCAGGACGUCACUGCCGAGGUCACGUCCCCCUCCGGCGCCCGGCAGCCCGCCGAGCUGGUCGCCGUGGGCAACGACACCUACUGCGUGCGCUUCGUGCCCACGGAGAUGGGCGUGCACAGCGUGAGCGUGAGGUACCGGGGCGUGCACGUGCCGGGCAGCCCCUUCCAGUUCACCGUGGGGCCCCUGGGAGAGGGCGGCGCCGCCAAGGUCAGAGCGGGAGGUCCCGGACUGGAGGGAGCACUGGCAGGGGAGCCAGCCGAGUUCAGUAUCUGGACGAGGGAGGCCGGCGCCGGCGGUCUGUCCAUCGCCGUGGAGGGGCCGAGCCGGGCGGAGAUCUCCUUCGACGACCGCAAAGACGGCUCCUGCGGCGUUGCUUACGUCGCUCAGGACCCCGGUGACUAUGAGAUUUCCGUGAAGUUCAACGAGCAGCACAUCCCCGACAGCCCCUUCCUCGUUCCCGUCGUCGCUCCGGCGAACGACGCCCGCCGCCUGGCUGUUACCGGCCUUCAGGAGUCUGGUCUGAAGGUGAAUCACCCAGCAUCCUUUGCGGUGCGUCUGAACGGCGCGCAGGGCAAGAUGGAGGCCAAAGUCCACAGUCCCUCUGGAGCUCUGGAGGAGUGUGUCGUCACGGAGCUGGAAAGAGACAAGUACGCUAUCCGGUUCAUCCCCAGAGAGAACGGCGUCCACGCCAUCGACGUCAAGUUCAACGGCUCUCACAUCCCAGGUAGUCCUUUCCAGGUCCGAGUCGGAGAACCGGGACAGACCGGAGACCCCGGUCUGGUCUCGGCGUACGGGGCCGGACUGGAGAGAGGCACGACAGGAAACCAGUCGGAGUUCACCAUCAACAACACCAAGGCGGGCCCCGGGGCGCUGGCCGUCACCAUCGAGGGUCCGUCCAAGGUCAAGAUGGACUGCAAGGAGGUUCCGGAGGGCUACAAGGUGCUGUACACCCCCAUGGCGCCCGGCAACUACCUGAUCAGCAUCAAAUACGGAGGACCGAACCACAUCAGUGGCAGUCCCUUCAAGGCCAAAGUCACAGGCUCUCGGCUGGUGAGCAUAACCAACGCCAGCGAGACGUCGACCCUGACGGUGGAUCCGGCGUUGAGGGCGUCCAGCAUCAGCGCCGUGCCCUGGCUGACCAACUCCGACGCCAGCAAGGUGCUGAGCCGAGGGCCCGGCCUCGGCAAGGCCUUCGCAGGCCAGAGAGCCAACUUCUCAGUCGACUGCAGCAAGGCCGGUAAGAACAUGCUCCUGGUGGGGGUCCACGGCCCUCAGGCCCCCUGCGAGGAGGUCCUGGUCAAGCAUGUGGGCAGCCUGCAGUACAACGUGAGCUACAUGCUGAAGGAGCGGGGCAACUACGUCCUGGUGGUCAAGUGGGGCGAAGACCACGUCCCGGGCUCCCCCUUCAACGUCAGCGUCCCGUGAUGCGCCAAGAAAAGAAGAAGAGGAAGAAAAAAAAAAAAAAAAAAAAACGCCGCCGCUGCCAAAUCCUCCCCAACCAUUUUGCAUCCCCUGUUUUUGAGCGGGCGACAUUAGUCGCACUGCGAGUUUACUGUCCAACGAACGAGGCGCUGAAUAAAGUUUGUGUACAUUUUUGCUUUCGGAUGUCUCGAUCUGCCAAACCACAAUAAUUUUAAAAAAAUGGAGUUAAAUGGAGACUCUGGUCUGUUAGUUGGACAUAUUUUCUGAAGGGAGUCGGGGAGGCCAAAUGAUGAAAUAUACAAUAAUCUGGCCUAAAGCUUGACUGGAAAAGCGAGAUCUCGUUUUUUUUGAUGCCCCUGAAAAAGAUUAAUUGAGACAUUUUGCUCGAUGGUGGUUCUCAUACUUGAGAUCGAUGUAGAAGCUCGAAAUCCAAACUGGAUUUGGGGGAAAAAAAGGUUUUUGGACCCAGCCAAACUUUUGAAAUACAAAAAUAUUUUAAAAAAAUAAACUGAAAUUACGCAGGUGAAAAUUUGACGCGUUUAAACUUUGACUUCCGGGAGGUCACUUUUUGAUCGUGAAGCUCUCGAUAACACACACAAAACAGUCUUAACAUCUCAAUUACAAGCAGACAACUGGACCUGUGGACCGACUACUGAUUAUUGAUUAUUGUUUUUUUUUUUUUCUUAGUUCCCAGAAUCCCGUGAUUGCGUAACGUCGCCACAACGAAUCAGUGACCGUUUAAAAAGCUGCUUUUUCCUGCACUGGACAACUGACUACUUAAUCACGUGCUGUAGUUUUCACAUGAAUAGAUCUGACCGGAGCAUUUGGUCAAAUAUGUGUGUGUUUUUUAUUAUUAUGUGUGUAAAUCCUGUAUAAAUCAUCAGGGUUUAAAUCAUCUCACCUGGAUCUUGUUGCCUAAUCGUUGCUACUUUUGAUACUUGAGGAUGUUUUUUUUCUAUGGGGGAAUAAAUAACUUCUCAUUUUGUAUUAAUGAAUGGGUGUUUUUUUAAAAAAAAUAUGAAACGAUACCCUGAGACGAUGUACAUUUGAUAAUUAAAAAUCAACUGGAAUUAAGGAGAUU